UCUCCCCACUUCCGUGCUUCCGUGAUUGGACGAGCAGAGACCGCCCCGUCCUGAACGUGGCGGGAGAAGAAAUGGAAUCUGCGAGGUAAACACAAGUUUAAAGUGUUCGUGGUGACAGAUGAUGAGCGGGUUACGAUCAGGGAUGCGUCAAAGCAAAAGAGGCGGAGGGGAAAUGAUAGAAUCUGCAAAAACAAAGCGGAAGAGGACAAAGACAGCGGUGAAGGAAGAGGAAACCACUGCCUCUCCAUCCUCGUACCACACCUUCACUGAUCCUGCUGAUGUGGUGCUGCUGCGCUCUGAGCUCCUGAAGUGGUACGACAGGGAGCAGAGAGAGCUGCCAUGGAGGACUCUGGCUGUGACAGAACCAGACCUCAACAUCAGGACAUAUGCAGUCUGGGUUUCAGAAAUCAUGCUGCAACAGACUCAAGUGGCCACAGUAAUAGAUUACUACAACAAGUGGAUGAAGCGGUGGCCGACUGUGCAGGAUCUGUCAGCUGCCACACUGGAGGAAGUGAAUCAGAUGUGGGCGGGUCUCGGAUACUAUUCCAGAGGAAGAAGACUUCAUGAAGGAUCUCAGAAGGUCGUGACAGAGCUGAAGGGACAGAUGCCUCAGACAGUUGACAGCCUGCUCAAACAGUUACCUGGUGUGGGACGCUACACUGCUGCUGCUAUUGGUUCUAUUGCACUGGGACAGGUAACUGGAGCUGUGGAUGGAAAUGUCAUUCGGGUGCUGUGUCGCCUGAGGGCCAUCGGAGCUGACAGCACCAGUCCUGCAGUAACUGAGGCUCUUUGGGAUCUAGCCAACACAGUGGUGGACCCAGACAGACCCGGGGACUUUAACCAGGCCAUGAUGGAGCUGGGGGCUCGAGUGUGCACCCCUAAAGGAGCAGUGUGCAGCCAGUGUCCUGUCCAGUCUCACUGCCACUCGUAUCGCAAGGUUCACUUCAAACAAGAACAAAACUCUAAGAAGCUUCUGGGGAAGCUGGAGGGGAAGACUUCAUCCCUGUCUGAUAUAGAAGAAUGUGUUAUCAGUGGAACAUGUCGGCUCUGUCCCUCGGAGCCCUGGGACAAUGCGUUGGGCGUUCACAACUUCCCCAGGAAGCCGGCAAAGAAGGCGGCCCGAGUGGAGCGAACUCUGACCUGUCUGGUGAUCAGACGUGGUGACGUGGGAGAGGACGAGUACCUGCUCACACAGAGACCAGACAAAGGCUUGUUGGCAGGCUUGUGGGAGUUUCCCAGUCUUCUGCUGGAGGAGGAGAGUUCUGAGAUGAAACAGAGGAAGGCGCUGUGUGCUGAGAUCAGCAGGAUGCUGGGAACUAGUCUGACUGAGUCCCUUCUCCAGCACAUCGGAGACGUGGUUCACAACUUCUCCCAUAUCCACCAGACGUAUGUGGUUCACAUCGUGCGCAUGAAAGACUUAGACACACAAACGCACACUGAAAAUACACAGUGGCUCAGCAGGGAUGCACUGCAGGAAGCUGCCGUGUCUACAGGAGUGAAAAAGAUUGUGAAGCUGUAUGAUUCUGUGGACGGUCAAAAAGAACAGACCUCUAAGAAUGGAAAGAAGCAAAAUGCAACUGGUGUCAAAAAUAACAAGAAGCCACAGGCCUCAAAAAAAACAAAACUGGACGCAGCGAGCAGCGGAGGCCGACAGCUCUCACUCAGCUGCUUCUUCAAAGCAGUGAAAGAGGAAAGUUGAGUGUGAAAGUCCAACAUGGGGCCUUCACAUGUGUAUCACAUGUGAGCUCCUCUGUUUCCACAUGAAUGUAUUGUUUUGAUCCCAUCAGCCAUUUCCAUCGAAAAUUUUUUGAAGAGAUAUGUUUUUUAAUUGCUUUGCAUUGAGUGUGUAUGAAGCUUUUAGUGCAUCAUGUUGAUUUUUAAUGACAUCAUUGCAGAUCAUGUUUUUAUCACCAUAUUAUGAUCAUGCAGACUUUAGCUUUUUCCCCUUUACCAUUAAGAUGUGAACACUUCCUCUACCGUUGAGUGUUUUACAGAGUUCUGCUAGUUUUCGGUUGGAGAACAUCAUUAGUGUUGAUGAAUAAUUGAUGAGAAAAACACUGGCAGUAAUUCAGCUGAACAAUGAGACAUAAGAUGUUUUCCUCAUAUAGCUCUAUUAACGUCCCUAUAUCCACUAACUGUUCACACAGUACACAACAAUACCUGUUUAUGAGCUCAUGUCAGUAUUAAAUAAAGUUUACAUUUG